AUGCCCAGAGAAUUCUCAAGGGAGAAGCGAUCGCCUUCUGAUUCCACGGCGACCAGUAAACGAAAGUACCGCGAAGGCUCGGAAGACUCUCAACCAGCAAAGAAGAAGAAGAUCCACCCUCCCAAACAUGAACAUAACCACCCCUCCGUGAACGAGUUGAAGAAGCGCAUCCGAGAUGUCAAGCGUCUGCUCAACCGGGUCGACCUGCCAGCCGAUGCGCGCAUUGUCCAGGAGCGUGCGCUCGCAGGAUACGAGAAGGAUCUUGAGGACGAGUUGGCGAGACGCCAUCGGUCCCAGAUGAUCAAGAAGUAUCAUUUUGUUCGAUUCCUCGACCGAAAAGCCGCCUCAAAAGACCUCAAGCGUCUCCUCCGUCGCGAACAGGAAAUCUCCAAUUCCGAUCUCGACCCAGCAGCCAAGAAAGAGAAACUAGCUGCUCUCGCAGGGAAGAUACACGCCGCGCAUGUGAAUCACAAUUACACCAUCUACUACCCGCUUACGCAGAAAUACGUCGCGCUCUACGCAGAGCAGAAGAAGAAAAAGAAGGAGUCCACUGCACAAUCGGAGAAGCCGAAUGAGUCUGGCGCGGAAGUUGUCAGCAAACUCAUAUAUGACACGACGGGUGAGAGACCACCCAUGUGGCGUGUAGUCGAGAAGUGCAUGGAAGACGGGACGUUGGAUCUUCUCCGUGAAGGGAAAUUGGACGACGGUGAAGGCGAGAAGAGUUCACAAGCGUCCGAGCAGAAGAAGUCGAAGAAAAGCACGGAUGAGGAUCAACAUGCACGCAACAAGUCCAGUAAGGAUAAGGUCUCCGAUAAGGCUAGCGGAAAGUCGAGAAAAUUGGAGGGCAAGCAAGACAGGAAACCCAAACGGUCCGCGGCAAUGGAGAGCGCAUACCGGAGUGCUAAUGAGCACAAUGAUGAUAAUAAUGAGAGCGACGGUGGUUUCUUCGAGGAGUGA